UACAAUCUAUACGUGUUGUUGACUUUUUGGUCUACUCCAUAUAAAACCAUUGAAAUUGGAGCAUUUGUGUUUGUAUAGAGGUGAAAAUGUUCGAGAUAGUAGAAAAAAUUAAAAGUAUACCUGUCCAUAUGGACUACAAAGGUCAACAGUUCGCUGAAAAAGUGUUCAAUGUGAUCUUGAUUUUAUUUGGUGCAUGUGGAUUCGUUGUGGGCUAUUAUAAGCAACAGUUUCAUGUGUCAGUUCUAUUUUUACUCAGUGGUUUUUUAUUGAGCUGUCUUAUUGUUCUUCCACCCUGGCCGUGUUAUCGAAGACAUCCAUUGCAGUGGCAGAAACCAAGAGAGAAUGCAGAAAAAAGCGAGGCAAAGAAGGAUGCCAGAAAAAAGACUAAAGCAAACUAAUUUAUUCUUGUAUACAAGUUCUAUAAAUAAAAAAAUU